AUGUCGGCUGAUUUCUGGGCUGGCUAUCUCAGUGGUGCUGUUGGAAUUAUCAUCGGAAACCCUCUUGAUGUGAUCAAAGUUCGACUUCAAGCACAAUAUACCAGUCCAGUGACGAACCCGCCUGUUUGUUCGAUCCCUACUGGAACAACCGCGGCGGUUUCAUCCAUCAGCCAGAGUGCAUCUUUCAGCACGCGGUACCUCGGAUCAUACGCCUCCUUGGUGACCGGAACUGCAGCACCAAUUCUCGGUUACGGUGCGCUGAACGCCUUGCUCUUUGUUUCCUACAAUCGAACCGAGACGGCACUGAAUAGCGUAUUCUCAACAUCUGGAAACUUGUGGAAUACCUGGCUUGCUGGCGCGGUGGGCGGUCUUGCAACCUGGGUCGUUAGCACUCCCACCGAACUGAUCAAGUGCAGGGCGCAGCUAGCAUCCUCUCCAACCUCAAGCUGGGCUAUCACUAAGGAUAUCUGGAAAAACGAAGGUGUUCGAGGUCUUUACUUCGGCGGAACUGUGACUGCUAUCCGGGAUAGCGUUGGCUAUGGCUUUUACUUCUGGUCCUACGAGCUGACGACCCGGUGGCUGGCCACGGAACAGGGCGAAGAAACCUCUUUGCGACACGAGGCCGCCAAGGUUCUCCUCUGCGGAGGAUUAGCUGGAGUCGCAACUUGGGCGAGCAUAUUUCCACUCGAUGUUAUCAAGACUAGAGUUCAGGCCCAGACCCUUGGCGGACAAGCAGAAACAACACUCCUUCUGCAACCAAACGUAGCGUCACAAACCAAACGGGCUGGCGCAAUACAGGUCGCACGUGAGGCGUACCGGGAGGGAGGCUCUCGUGUUUUCUUUAGAGGGUUGACUGUCUGCAGCGUACGAGCUUUCAUAGUAAAUGCUGUCCAGUGGGCGGUUUACGAAUGGGUCAUGUUCGAACUCGGACAUGGACGGAAGAAGACAGUGACCAACGAGCCUAGGGUAGGGAUGGUACAAACAUGA